UUGUCCGCGCUGCUGCGACUCCAGAGCCUACCAGCAUACAAACAGUCAAUUAAAGGCUGGCUCGCGAUGCGAGCGAACCCCCUGUCGUUCAGGGACGUGCCCCGUGCGAGGGCGGGUUUUGCGCCUCCAGCUCAGCGGUUCCAGCUGCACGUUUGGGCCUGGCGACUUGCGAAUUCAAUCCAUGGUCUUCCAUAACCUUUGGGAGGCAGUCCCAUGGCCAGCGCUGCGACCCCUGGGGCAGGGGCGGAGGGACGCCGUGCCGUGGCGCCCGCCGGAUGCGUUGCGGAGCGAAGGCUGAAGGGACGCUAACAGCGUGGCGCAGAGAGCGCGGGGGGUGGCUGCGUCCACCUGAACCAAGCUUGGAAGGAGGCCUAAAAGGCCCCCGGCGACCCAGGACACGGCAGCACCCAUGGCCAACCGGCGCCUCCCCGCCGCCUGGCAGCUGGCCGCGCUGCUGCUACUGCCGCUGCUGCUGGCCGCGCCGCGCGCCGCCGCCCAGGGCUCCGGCAGUAGCAGCAACAGCAACAGCACCGGCAGUAGCAAUGUGGACAUGACCGCUGCCGUCAAUGCUGCUACUGCCGAGAAUCUGGCCUCGGGCCGGGCCCGUGCCGCCGCCAACACCUCCUUCACGGUGCCGCCGCCGCCGCCGCCGGGCUGGGAGCGCGCGCGGGCCUCCUGGUACGGCACCCCCAAGCCCUUUGUGGACACGUUCUCCCCCUCCCGCGGCGGCGGCGAGUCCGCGUUCGGCAUCCUGGAGUGGGGCGGCUGCGGCUACACUAACGCGGACGGCUCCAUGCCCUUCCCGCGUGACGCGGUCACCUCGUUCGCCGACACGAACCCUGACUUCCCGGGCAGCUGCGGCCGCUGCUACGAGGUGCGCUGCGUGAACGGCCCGGUGCUUGGCCGCAACGACCAGGCGGUGCCGGCCGAGUACUGGUACUACUUCCCCAAGUACGGCAGUGCGCCGGACGACAUGGGCCGCAGCUUCCCCGGCAACCCGGCAUACAAGGAUGACUACGUGUUUGUGACAUGCUGGGACCCGUCCAAGAGUGUGCGGGUUCACGUGGUGGACAUCUGCCCUUGCUGGUACGAGCCCAAGGGCGAGCCGCCGCGCGCGCAGGCCUCCUGCUGCUACACCAACUCCACCAACCCCAAGUCCGGCCAGCGCGAGAUGGACCUCUCCUUCUGGGUGUAUGAGCAGCUGGCUCACCCGAUGUAUUCCGAGAUGAUGCUGGACAUCAGGCCGGUGGACUGCGGCAGCGGCGCUGCGCUUCCCAUGAGCCCCGGCUACAUCAACCGCGACACGCUGUACGACGACAUGGUCACCACCGGCUGGAGCUGGUUCCCCUAUAUCACACCCACACACAACUUCAACGUGACUGCUCCCGGCUGGGGCUACGGCGGCUCGGCAGCCGCGUGCGCCGAGGUCGGACCAGGCGGCGGUAUGACCUGGUGGUGCCGCGGCUGCAACCGCCCCGGCUACCAGCCCUUCGCCUCCGCCUCGUCCGUCAGCUUCUGGGUGCGCGACCGCUACCACCCCGGCACCGCGCCGCCGCUCAAGAUGAUGAUUGCACAGCAGGAGGAUGACACCUACUGCCCCGGCGAGGCCUACCUCACCUCGCUCACCCCGUCAGCCCGCGGCGAGGACGGGUGGCUGCAGUUCACACUGCCGUUCGACUCGACCUUCAACUGCGGCGACAAGAAAUCCACGCGCGACAAGAUCUCUUUCCAGUCUGUGGGGGGCGCCAACACGUGGUUCUGCCUGGACGAACUCAAGGUGGCGCAGGGUGGCAGUAGCAGCAGCAGCAGUACCACCAAGAAGUGAGCAUCACCACUCAUCGACAUAACCCCACACCUGACUUGGUUAAGACAGCAGCAGGCGGGGGAGGGAGGGUGGUUUUGCGCCAGCCAACAGGUAGACUGGCAACACGCUGCGGCAUGAUUCCGAACGCCAAUGCGCCCUGGAGUGCUGGCAUACUACGGAGGAGAGGAAGGCAGUAGGAGGUGGAAGAGGGAAGCAAGACGCGGGGACCGCAGGAGACACGACUGUGGGAAGGGAGGGGCACUAGAUGCGUUUCAUUGAACCGAUUCUUACAUUUUUAUGCAUUUGCGGCGGUGCCCGCACACGGUUUUGUCUAUUGUUUGCUUCGUCGCUGAACACAAAGCUUGUUGACGAGAGCCGCGAGGAAGUAAAUGUAGGAAUGGCCGGUAACAGGCAACUGGUGUUACCGUGGGUUCCAGGCUAACCCCCAUAGGCCGGCCAAGCUUGAUCCCCGUUGCAGUGCCCCUGGAUAGCUCUCGGUGCCUGUUGCUUUGUUGUGGCAACUUCAUUGGUCCGGCAUCCUAAACAUCUGGAAGGUGGACCGCAGCAAAGGGCGGUGGCGGACAGAGUUGCUUAGGGAGGUUGGGCUGGUAGGGAGUUGUAACCAACACCCACCAACUUGCCCACCAACGGUGGGGGGUUGACCUGGUGGCGGGAAGGGUAGGCAAACUGUCCCGUGUAGGGGGCGUGGUGACACAGGCACACAGCUGCGGUGGCUUGUAGCCUGUUAAUAAGAAUGUGGCGCACAAGGUCUGUACUAGCACAGGUGGAUACCGUAUCCCAGGUGCACAGCUGGGCUAGUGAGGUUGAAGGUGGGGGGAUUGACAAACGUACGUGACGUCUGUUGGAGCUGCUCGUUGCACCGUUACCUUGAACCGGUGUUGUAAUUGCUAGUUGCCACCGAGUGGGCACAGAAGUUAUGCAAGGUUUUGGCAUCAGUUGAGGCGGACAAAGAUGGCAGGCAGGAUGGCAGCCUAUCCUCUGCCGGGGAUGUCACACUUCGGGUGUAAACUGGCUGACGU